CCGCCUCUUUGUCAUCUCAGGCUCGUUUUGCCCCGGAGUCUUUUCGAAAGGGGAUAUUACGUAAGCACGUCUCGGCGUUGAGACGGCGAUAUUCCGGCGUGUUUUAGAGCUUCCGGUGGUGGAUGUUGAUGUCCUGCGUUUGACGCGGUGUUGGGGUCUUGCAGAGCAGCUCCGGGGGUGUCCGGAGGAAUUCCAGUGUCUGCUGCGGUAACCUUAUCAGCCCGCCAAGAUGGCGAUGCAAGCGGCCAAGAGGGCGAACAUUCGACUUCCACCUGAAGUAAAUCGGAUUUUAUACAUAAGAAAUUUGCCGUACAAAAUCACAGCUGAAGAAAUGUAUGAUAUAUUUGGAAAAUAUGGACCUAUUCGUCAAAUUCGAGUGGGGAACACACCUGAAACCAGAGGAACAGCUUAUGUGGUCUAUGAAGACAUCUUUGAUGCCAAAAAUGCAUGUGAUCACCUUUCAGGAUUCAAUGUUUGUAACAGAUACCUGGUGGUUUUGUACUAUAAUGCCAACAGGGCAUUUCAGAAGAUGGACACAAAAAAGAAGGAAGAACAGUUGAAGCUUCUCAAGGAGAAAUACGGCAUCAACACAGAUCCACCAAAAUAAGCGUUUUCUGCAUUUU